AUGUCCUCGAUAGCUAUCCCAGCCGCCGACCUCCAGUCCUUCUCCGAGUACUUGAAAGGCUGCAAACGUAUCCUCGCACUUCUCGGAGCUGGGCUCUCCGCGUCGUCCGGCCUUCCCACCUUCCGAGGCGCAGGCGGCCUUUGGCGCUCCUACGAUGCCACCUCCCUUGCGACACCGAGCGCCUUCAAUGCUAACCCGGGUCUGGUUUGGCAGUUUUAUAGCUAUCGGCGACACAUGGCGCUGAAGGCGGAACCCAACCGAGCACACUACGCGCUAGCGGAGCUGUCGCGACGGAAUAAAGAUUUUAUCACCUUGAGCCAGAAUGUCGAUGGUGCUGACCAGAUUAUUUGUCUCUCGCAGCGAGCGCACCAUCCGCCGGAACAGCUACAUCUGCUCCAUGGCUCCCUCUUCAAUAUCAGAUGCACCUCCUUCUACUGCGACUACUCCCGGGAUAACGACUUCACGGACCCCAUCGUCCCGGCUCUAGCCAUCCCAUCCCAAACCGCGCACCCCGACCCCUCCACCAUCGAUAAGACUGGCGCAGAAGCGUCCCAGUCGCUUCAGAAUGCACUCUCCCAAAGCAGAGCAGGACACGAAGUCGAUAUCUCCGACCAGCGCAACCCUAUCCCCGAGCUAACCCCAGCCAACCUCCCCCAGUGUCCGAAGUGCAAGAACGGUCUGCUCCGGCCGGGAGUCGUUUGGUUUGGAGAGAGCUUACCCGCUGGCACGCUGAGGGCGGUGGAUAACUGGAUGGAAGCUGGGCCCCCGGUCGACCUGAUGCUGGUUAUCGGCACGAGCUCUCGCGUCUGGCCUGCUGCCGGGUAUGUGGAUGAGGCGCGGGACAAGGGUGCUCGCGUCGCGGUGAUCAAUAUGGACCCCGAUGAUCUCCCUGGCAGUGGGCUGGAUCAUGGAGACUGGUUCUUCCAGGGGGAUGCGGGUGUUAUCGUGCCAGAGAUUCUCAAGAGCGUGAUUGGAGAGAUUUGA